CAGACGAGCUAUUACUUCCCUAAACAUGUCGAUAAACCUAACUGGAGGCCCAUUGUCUUCAAGCCACCCUACCUCAUCUUUCUCACACUAGUGUCUCUCGGCCUCGCUGGCAUCCAAGAGUCUCUUUUCCGCCGCUCUAAUGCCAAAGGGGGCUUGAUGCAGUUUCUCGGACUCAACGACAUCUCGGUCCCAGAAUAUUUCCUCUGGCGUUAUUUUCCAACAAUCGUCACCGUCACGUACGGUGUGGCCUACCAGCUAGUGGACGUCGAAGCAAAGCGCUUAGAGCCAUACUACCGUCUUGCGGAGCGUUCAGGAUCCACCUUCGCCCAGUCCCUCAACGUCGACAGCACGAACUUCUGGACUUGGUUCCGACCUCCCUUUCCUGGAAGUGCGCGGACUCGUUUAUCAACAGCGAUAUCCCUGGUAGCUGUUAUAGCGGUGCCAGUGAUACAGAAUGCCACGCUAGAAGUACGAGCCGCGAAUGACGGAUUCGCGCUUUUCGUGCAUCCAAUCUGGUCAAGAGUGCUAUCUGGGUCCCUCAUUUUCGCCGCGGUUGCGGGAUUACUGCUACUUUGGCCUCUGCAUCAAUCCUCGGGUCUAUCGUCCGACCCCUGCGGUAUCAGCGGCCUCCUAGCCAUGACGACCAGGGGGCACAUUCUGUCCGACUUCAUAGGAUUGAGCCCCUUGUCAUCAGAUGAAGAAAUUAACAAGUCGAAGCUGAAUUACCGGAAAUACUUCUUGUACAACAGUUCGCUGUCGCCCAUCGAGCAGCUACACUGGUCGCCGAAGCUGCGAGUACCGAGUGACAGGAAGGAGCAUUCCUUCACGCUGCCACUGGUUCAAAGUGUUCCCGCAUUCAUAUUUAUACUGUCACUUCUCGCCCUGGUUCCCGUCUUGAUCUUCACACGGGCAAACAUUAUCCUCAGCAGGGCACCGUUCCUGAUGACAGCCAUUGGCGUCGCGGUAAAGUUACUCUGGACACUCUUUGAUACGAACAUUCGCCUCACGGAACCGUACUACCAAUUGGUUCGGCGGCACGCCAAACCCUCUGUCCUGAGCGUCGACUACACAGGCACCAUGCCUUUCUACCUCCCCAUCAAGGCACUCCGGAAUCACGACGGCACGCUCGCCCUCGUUGCCACAAUUUCCAUCCUACUAGAAGUGCUGACAGUAUGCCUCUCGUCGUUUGGCUCCGCCGGCGCGAAUUUCAUGCACCGAAAGGGCACUUCCACAGCCACCGAUCUCCUCGAAGGCGACGCGCAGACCUUCCGCUCCUUCUGGAUAUCUCUCGUGCUCUCCAUCUCCAUCAUCAUUUCGCUCCUGGUAACCGCGGUAUAUGUCUAUGUGCAGCGCAGCGACGUGUCACUCCCUCGCAAGCCAGGAACCCUAGCCUUCGUGCUUCUCGCGACGCACCAGGCCAAGAUGAUAGUAAAUUGGGUCGGUUGCGAAAAGCUUUCUUACGAGCAGCGGCGCAACCUCCUUGUGUCGUGGGACAAGACGUAUGGCUUUGGGUGGUACCAGGGUCGUGAUGGGGCGCUGCAUCUGGGGAUCGAUGAGGAGCCUUUGGUCACUGAUUAUCGG